GCAAGGGCCUCGAAGUAGAGAGCGUCCCUUUCGAGACUGCCUGGCAGCAGGACAUGCGCCAAGGCCCCUCGCUCAAGUACCGCCAGUGGGCCUCGUUCUACUCUGCAUUCACGCGUCUCCGCACCAUCGGGCUCAGCAUGCAGAAGCGCAAUAUCAGUAGUUCAGCAGCGUUAAACAAGCAGGCCAAGACCUGCCGUCGCAUCUCUGUUGAAUGGCCGGCGGACGGCCCCCUGUGUGUCUUGGCUUCGAAGCCAGUGGGUGAUCUCAUUGCGCUCGCUAAGGGUGGCGGCCAGGUGGCGUUGGACCUUCUGGAGGGGGUGCGGGACCGUGUCAUCAACCUCCAGGCCGCGGACCGAGAGGUACGCAGCUCGGCCUGGCGGGCUUGGGCCAAGUGCGCUGCUGGCGAGCACG